ACCCAUGUAUUAUAUAACCCCCAGUGUUUAUUAUAUACUUUAAAGCUAUUGUAAGUGGCAAAAGUGUUGUCCUUUGGAAUUUUACAAUGGAUAUAAACUUAUGACCACUUAGUCACUUACUAAGAUCUCGAAUCAUACAACUACCACUAAGAAAUACAAAAGUAAUGUGUUAUGCACUACAUAAACUAAUAGAAUAUUAUGAUCACCUUCCAUCAUAGGGUUAUAUAAAUACAAGAGUCUUUGUUCCAUCAACAUAUAUAUCCAUCAACAAAACUUCAUCUUUUAUUCUUAAUUUUGUAAGAAAGAAAAAAUGGGUGUUAUGGGGAAGAAACUUAGCUCACUAAAAUGCCAAGUGAGAGUAAUAGAAGCAAGAAACGUGGAGAUCAAGUCACAAGCUAGUACUCUGUUCGUUAAAUUCUAUCUCUCUGCAGGACACAACAGAAAGAUAGAAGUAAACACAAGAGAGCUCUGUCAGAAAUCAGAAAAUCUCAUAUGGGAUCAAUCUUUUGGUCUGGAGUGUCAAGGUAACGAAGAAGCAGUCGAGGAGUUAAAGCAACAAAGAGUCCUUUUCGAGUUAAGGAGGAGGAAAACAGCUUCUUUUCUGAGGAAGUCAUCGAGAUCAGAGGUUGUAGGGAGAGGAGAGGUCUCAUGGGAAUCGGUUUUCGAGUCUAGGGGCAUGGAGAUGGAGAGAUUUGUAGUGAUGAUUGAAUCAAAAACCCCAGUGUUUGGAGAUGGGAGCCCUGUCUUGUUGAAGAUAGGUUUGAAAGUCCAAGCUUUGGAGAUGGAGAAGAAGAUGUUGAUCAACAAGAAAGAGAAGCUUUGUGCAUGUUGUAGUAGUAGAGAUUGUGGAAGCUGUAGUUGCUUAGAUUACGAGGCUUUUGCUUUAGCUUGUGCUCUAGAUUGUAUUUAA